AACGACUGCGCGCGUGCGGCUCCGCGAUUCUGCACGGUUCCCCGCCGAGCGCCGUUCACGCGUUUGGCCGUUUACAGGAACACUUUGCGGACACACACACACGCAACACAAACAUCUGGGCUAUUAAACAUGGGGAAACACAAUAGCAAGCUUGCUCCUGAGGUUCUGGAUGACCUGACCAAGAGUACAGAGUUCAAUGAGGCAGAGCUGAAGCAAUGGUAUAAAGGCUUCUUGAAGGACUGUCCCACUGGCAUCCUUAACCUGGAAGAGUUUCAGCAGCUUUAUGUCAAGUUUUUCCCCUAUGGUGAUGCCUCGAAAUUUGCUCAGCAUGCCUUUCGCACCUUUGACAAAAAUGGGGAUGGCACAAUUGACUUCAGGGAGUUCAUCUGUGCCCUGUCCAUCACCUCUCGAGGAAGCUUUGAGCAGAAACUCAACUGGGCCUUCAAUAUGUAUGACUUGGAUGGAGAUGGCAAGAUUACACGCAUGGAGAUGCUUGAAAUUAUAGAGGCGAUUUAUAAAAUGGUUGGCACGGUAAUCAUGAUGCGCAUGAACGAAGAUGGCUUGACACCUCAGCAGCGUGUGGACAAGAUCUUCAGCAAGAUGGACAAAGAUCAUAAUGAUGAGAUCACACUGGAGGAGUUCAAAGAGGCGGCCAAAAGCGAUCCUUCCAUUGUCCUCUUACUGCAAUGUGACAUGCAGAAGUAAGGGAAAAGAGGAGAGAGAGGGUGAGAGAGGGUGGGAGGGUGUAGGUACAGAGCAGGAGCUAUGAAGCAACAUGUACAGACAUUUAGACAGAAGUAGGUUAGUAAGAGUAGAACUAUACCACUAUGUACAUAUAGUAGGUUGCAGUUGAAUGUGAGAGUUUGCAGGUUUGGGGACAGUUUAUAGAAUUUGUGGAAAGUGAUGAAAACCUGCAUCUUUAGUCAUGCAGUGAACUGCACUGCUUUUAGACAAUUGUUGCUUUCAGGCCCAAGCCUGACAAGAUACCAUAGAACCUACAUUAUUUAAAAAGGCCAUUUAAAUAUGUAAUAUUCCUGAUCCUUAGAAUUUUGAUAUAAAGUAGAAACCAUGCAAAUUUAGUGAACAUUUCUGCAAAACUUAGGCAGCUCUCUAUUCUUAAGGUAUUUGUUUCCUUUAAAUUUUGUCUAAGACUAAACAUUAAAAACAGCCAAUAUAAUUUUUUUCUAACCAGUGCACACUCUAAACAGUGCAAUUUCCUUAUUCCUUCCACAGAUAAAGGACCAUAUUCAGAGUUGACUUACAUAUAAAAACGCGCACAUCAGCAUUCAAAACUCAAAUAUAACAACAGACUUGCUCACAACUCAGACGUGGGAGGCGUGUGGCCAAAAACAAAUACACGUCUCAAGUACACGCAAUUCUUGAAACCUUGAAACUAAGACAAUUUUCUCAUACAAUGUCAGCAUGAACGAGGAGCAGUAUUGAGUCCAGCAUCACUGGCUGACAAUUUGAUUUAACCACAAAAUGUCAGUGAUAGGACUGGCUAUUAUUAUUAUUAUUAUUAUUAUUAUUAUUAUUAUUAUUAUUAUUAUUUUCUAUCUGCUGAAUUUGUCAGGUAUAAAAGCAAGCAGUUGUGUUUAAAGGCCAUUGUCCUUGCAUUAUUGAAAACCCCAGCACUUCUGCUCAUAAAUCACAGGUAAAUUUAAUAAUCUAAAUGUUUUAUCCAGAAAAUCAAAUUAGGCAUCUGACUCGGAAUACAGAACAUUAUCCUCAUGUAAAUAUCAACAUUUUUGUAACUUCAGCCUUCAACUCUGAAUAUGGCCCAAAGGAUAUAAAGCCUUGUGCAUUAUGAUGGAUACUAGACAUGCCACCAAUAACCUCCAACUAUCCCUUAUCUGAGACUGAUUCAUCAGUUGUGAUGACAAAAUACAGCUCAACCAAGCUGACAUAAGCUUAACCACCUUAAAUGUCAUGGUUUUAAAUAGUGAAUAAUUAUUGUCUCACACUUCGGGGUCACUCUCACAUAUGAAAAAGGAAUUUUGCUAGCCUUAACAAUUAGAAUAUAUGUAUAUGUAAUUAGUGAAAUGUAAAUGUUUCAUGAGACCUACUUUCAUAUUUCAACACUGCUGCAAAAUACACUCUUUAUAGGAUAUCAGUCUGUAUCAAUGUGUGAAAGUGUGAAAAAUUUAAAGUGGAAAUCUGAGGAUUUGCAUUUGUAUGUGCAAACGUGUGUAUACCUAUUUCUGUAGUAGUUUGUAUGUAUGCAUUUGUGUGUGUGUGUGUGUGUGUGUGUGUGUGUGUGUGUGUAGGUGGGUGCUUUAGGGAAACAAUUGCCUCUGUCACUGACUGUCUGAUAAAGUAGCUGUCCACACCAGUUUUAAGAGUAUUAACGUGAUGUUUGUUGUUGCUGGUGUGGUCGUCCCUGGUCUUACUGGUUUUCCAAUCAGAGCUACCUUUCUCUGCUGUCUUGAUGACAUAUAAUCAUUUAUGUGUGCCUCAGUGUACAGCCUUAUCAGAUAUCAAAUAAUCGUAAUUGUAUUAACAUUGUCCGAAUGUCUUGCUUUUUUUCCCUUUGGUAUAGUCAACGUGAACGCAUUCGGAAUACAAAAGUCUGUGUUUCCACAAUAUUCAUGCUGCAAUACUUAGGAGAAUAUUGUUGCACUAAGUAGAGGCAAAUACUUCUUGUUUUAUACUGCCACAUAGUGGUGAAAUAUUUACCAUCUUUCAAUAGGGCAUAGAGUGGGGACUAAAGUGAUGAGAUUUUUUUUUUCUUCCUCGUACAUACAACAUAAUGGACCAAAAUAAAUAAAGAAAUAAAAAUGAUAAUAAAACGUGAAUUCUGUACUUAUUGAGAUUCCAUGGUGCAGAAAACAGCGAUUUCUUUCCCCUGUAUUUUAUUUAAUAUCUGCCAUUUUUUCACACUGAGCUUGUGUUAGUCUAAAUUGCAAAUUCAUGUCAGUGUCUGUUUUAUUAUAGCUUGUAUGUAGAAAACAAAUAACAUAGAUUUCAGCUUCUUAAGAGUAGCCUAAAAUAUCUUUACUAAGUGGUUUUAGUAGGUGAUAUAAUGUGUCGGCUGUGGUAAUGAAUUUGCAGUGACUCAUAAAGUCACAGCUUCCUGUGCAUCAUUUCACUCUGUUAAUUUAACUGGGAUAUACUUUCCUUUUGCAUUUCAUUGCCACAUUUAUCAUAUCUGAUGGAAGCUUGAUUUUAACUUUCCUUUGCUUGUUGAAUGUAGAAAUGUAGAGGAUAAUGAUGUAGUUGUGUAAUGUGUCCAGUUAUACCAUAAAUAUUACGGUUGCACAAUAACUGAAAACUCAAUUAUCAUCUAAUUUAACCAGUUUAGGAAUAUCUGAACAUAUUAGGGAAAAAAGGGAAUAAAAAAGAUUUUCCUUUCAGUUUUUAUAUUAGACUUAUUUCUUUAUUAAUGUGUAUAUAUUACAUUAUAUGAUUAAAACAGGCAGUAGAAAUUGAAUGCUUAUUGAAUGAACACUAAGCCAAUAAAAGCAUGAUCAUGGCUGAAAUAAGAUUAACUGAGCAGCUCUAAUGAAUAUUUGAGUAUUUGAAUUAGAGAUAUAAAAGUUCACUAUGAGCCUCUGUUACAUUCAAUUCACAGCUUAACAAGAUUCUGGAUGUUAAUGUAUAUCCCAGAUUAUAAAGCAUAUUAGGGAAUUAUUACGAAGCAGUUGUGCAAUACACUUUUAAUAAUAUAUCUAUUCAGUUCUGUCACAUUUUGCUUUUUAAUAUUGUAACUGUAAAGUUCCCCAAACAAAGAUGUGUUAUUUUUGGUACGUAGAUGAAUA